AUGAAAUAUGCAAUUAUUUCACAUAAUAUUGAUUUUGUCACAUUUUUGAAGAAUGAACACUAUAUAAUGAUCAAAUUAGAACACUAUGCAGAAUAUAAUAAUCUUGAAUCAUUUUUAGUUUAUUUUGAUAAAGCAACAAAUUUGAACGAGUGCCUUGUGUAUUCAUUAAGGUUUUAUAUUCCAUCUCUUCCAAUCAUGAUCAUUUCUUUUGGUGCAUAUAUUAAUGCAGAAGUUAAUUCUCAAGGAACGGCUCUCAUAAAUGCAUGUAAUAAUAAUGAUACGGAGAUGGCUGAAAUUAUUCUUUCAGCUGGAGCAAAUCCUAAUAAAAGAGCACCCAAUAGUUAUAGUUCUAUUUGCUGGGGAGGAACAGCUCUUCAUUUGGCAGCAGCAAAUAAUAAUAAAGAAAUUGUAGAACUUCUUCUUUCACAUGGAGCAGAUGUCAAUGCAGAAGAUACGAGGAAAUGGACAGCUCUUCAUUAUGCAGCAAUUAAUUCUAAAGAAAUAGUUGAACUUCUUCUAUCACACGGUUUAAAAAUUGAUGUACAAGAUGAAAACGGUGAAACAGCUCUUCAUCAGGCUGCAUAUAAUAAUAGUAAAGAAAUUGCCCAAGUUCUCCUUUUUCAUGGUGCAAAUAUCCAUGAAAAAGAUCAAGAAGGAAGAACACCCCUUCAUCACACAGCCUUUAAUAAUAGUAAAGAAACUGCCACAGUUCUCCUUCUACAUGGUGCAAAUAUCAAUGAAAUAGAUAAAAUGGGAAGAACAGCUCUUUAUAUUGCGAAAUAUUAUAAUCGAAAAGAAAUUGUAGAACUUUUCCUUUCACAUAGUGCUAAUCUCAAAUAA